UUCUCCAAUCACUUCCGUCAACACGCGGUUCUCUUCCCGUUCUCUCUAAACAUGAACUUAAAACGUGGGCUCGUUUCUUCUCAACAUAGCUGGAAAUACAUUUUCAGAAUAAUGUAGAACAUUUUCAUAAGUCGUGAACCAAAUCCGCGACCAGUCGUACUCAUAAUUAAAACAAAAGCACGUCAUUCAGGCGCAGUUUUUGCGGCUAACUUUAGCUCGGCAGGGUCUUGUUUUGCUUUUCCCAGGGCGCAGUGAAAUAUGGAGAUCGACGGCCUCGACUUCUUACAAACUCCUCCUGCGAAGACUGUGAGAUUUGGGGGCAGUGUCGCUGAGACAUUAGCUAAACACAAACAGGGAGAUGCAGGUGAUUACGAACUACUGAGACAUCAGCUGUCUGAUCCUGCGAUUAAGGACGCUCAGAUCAUCAACUGGCUGCAGGAGUUUCGUAGCUGCGUGACCCAGUUAAACAAGGACCAUGAGCAGCUCAUCUAUACCAUCUUGAGGAUUCCUUGGGUUGGUCGGAGCCAAGCUGUGGUGGAGGAGUACAUGACCUUCCUCAGUAAUCUGGUCUCAGCACAGACUGUCUACCUGUGUGCUUGCCUCAAGAUGGUGGUCUCCCACUUCACCCCUAAGAGAGUGACUAUCUGUGAGGGAGGAGUGGACAUCUCCGACUCAGAUGAUGAAGAUGAAAACCUACCUAGAAACUUCAAUCAGUGUCACCAGGCGUUGCAGCUCAUCGCCAGAUAUGUUCCAUCCACAAGUCGCUUUCUGAUGCCAAUUCUACAAGAAAACUUCCCCUUCAUUCAAAAAUCCUCCAGAGUGCUGGAAUGUUACGUCCACAACCUCCUGAGGGCCACUGUGUACAUACCAUCCAUCCGACGCGACGUACUGGAGCUGAUCAUUGCACAGAUGCUCAAACUGGAUGUGAGCGUAUCGCGCUCAGACAUCGAGGAGGCCGAGGAGAACCUGGAGCAAAGCCGGAGGCUGGAGGAGCACGCAGAGGAGGGACUCUUCCAUAUGGACGAGGACGUGUCCGCACCCUCGCCCCAUAGCGCCGCUGCCAUGGCCCACCCUGUGGCCGAGAGGUUGGACACGCUCAUGGCAGUGCUCAUGGCUUACAUCAAAGACGUCUGUCACGUCGACGGCUCCCUCCACGUGGAAAGGACCAAGGAGCUGUACAGAGAUCUGCUGGCUGUGUUUGACAAGCUCAUUUUGCCCACGCACGCGUCCUGCCACGUCCAGUACGCCCUGUUUUACCUCUGCAGCUUCAGACUGACGCUGGCGGAGGCUUUCCUCGAUCACCUGUGGAAGGUCCUGCAGAGCCCGUCUCAGCCUGCGGUCCUCCGCCAGGCUGCCGCCGGGUACCUGGGCAGCUUCAUAGCCCGAGCCAAGUUCGUCCCUGUGCUCACCGUGCGGGCCUGCCUGGACCUGCUGCUCUCCUGGAUCCAUCGCUACAUCGACGAGCAGGACAGCAGCAGUAAACAGGCCUGCUGUGACGUCAGCCUGCACGGGCCCUUCUACACGGCCUGCCAGGCCGUGUUCUACGCGCUCGUCUUCCGACACAGAGCCAUGCUGGAGGCCAACUUGAAGAAAGGUCUGGAGUACCUUCAGAGUCUCAACCUGGAGCGGAUUGUCAUGUGCCAGCUGAACCCUCUCAAAGUGUGCCUGCCCUCAGUCACCAACAUGUUCGCUGCCAUCACCAGGAAGUAUCAGGUGGUGUUCUGUUACACCAUCAUAGAGAGGAACAAUCGGCACGCGCUGCCGGUUCUCCGCAGCUCUGCAGGAGGCGACAGCGUCGUCACGAACACCAACCCCCUGGACAGCUUCUUCCCCUUCGACCCCUACCUGCUCAAGAGGUCCAGCCCCAUGAUUCAACCUCUUUACCAAGUGUGGGAGGACCUGGCCGACACAGAGCUGCUUCCUGCCAAAGAGCAGCCACAGAGUGUGAAGGAGGAAGAGGACGACUUCCUGUGUGGGGAGUCCUACGACUCCCAUCACAUCCGGAGCCCCAGCAGCGUGGGUUCUCCGCCCUUCGCCCCUCUGCCGUCGCUUUAAGGCUCCACCCUCGAUGGACUCCCUGCUGUGACUCCUGCGAAGGAGCUGCCGCAUAAUGUGUGUGUGACGUGUGCAAUGAAGGUUGUUUUUCAAACGAACUGAAGAACCAGUGAGAUGAACUAAUCUCUGUUCAUGUCAAUGUUCGUGUGUGUGUAUGUGUGUGUAAUGUUAAUAAACUGAAAUACACAGUU